GCUUGGGCAGGAGAUUCACUUUCCUUCAUUCACAAACUAACAUCAUUUCUCUGACUGUACCUGAAUGCGUCGCCGCCGUUCCCACGGCCCAUGAAGGCAGCACGCACUGUUGAGGCGAUCCAUGGCAACAGGAUCGCAGCAGCAGCAGAGGCUGGGGCUCGUGGGGGGGGGGGGCUCUGCCGCCGCGUCCGUCGUACACGCUCGCCGACCGCGUCCGGUCUCACGCACGCACGCACGCGCACGCACCUCCAUGUAACCGCGGAGCACCGAGGAGGGAGCAAUCCGGUGCGACGGCUCCUCAUUCGGGCUCCCAAGGUGACCGAGCGGGGGGGGAGCCAGACGGCAGCUCCGACUUCCGCUGCACGUCAGCGGCAGGUGAAGCUGGCCGUACCCGCACCUCGGAGCGCUGACGGCGGCCUCGUUCACGAUGCGUGCCGCUAACAUCUCCGGAGCUUGAAAUUCUGCACGUCACUUUUUCACAAUUUUUUUUUAAACAUGUUCUGUCGUCCGGACCCGAAGCAAAAUGGGACAUUUUUUUAACAGCUUGCUGCGUCAUAUUUAUUUUUUGUUGUUAGGUUCCAGUAAAAAUGAUCUUUUUUUUUUUUAAUGAUUAAAGCUCCCAUCUCCAUCAAGCAUCUGAAGCAUCAUCGUGAAGAUGGCGACUGGGUCGGGUUGGCAGCAGUAUUACUGCCCUGCCGGUCAGGGGAAAUACACUUCGUCUUCCUCGUCGUCGUCGUCCACGUCCUCGUCCUCCUUCCAGUCCGGCCUGGCCAUGGAGUACACCCAAGACCUGCACCUGAAGAUGAGCAAGAAGAUCGCCCAGCUCACCAAGGUGAUCUACGCGCUCAACACCAAGAACGACGAGCACGAAGCGGCCAUCGCCACCCUGAAGGAGGCUCACGAGGAGGAGGUGCAGCAAAUCCUCUCCGAGACCAGAGAGAAGAUUUUACAGUACAAGAGCAAGAUCAGCGACGAGAUGGACCUGAAGAGACGCAUCCAGUCCCUGGAGGAGUCCAUGGAGCUGCACGAGAGGAUGAAGAGGCAAGCGCUGGCCGAGUUUGACAACUACCGGCAGCGGGUGGAGGACCUGCAGCUGUGCACCGAGGCGCAGCACACGCAACGGGUGGUGUCCAUGUCGCGCGAGGUGGAGGAGAUGCGGCGCUCGUUCGAGGAGAAGCUGCGCACCUUCGGCCAGGCGCAGGCGCAGUCCGAGCAGGAGAAGAAGGUGGCGCUAGAGGAGCUGAAGGGCCAGCACCGGCAGGAGGUCCAGGAGCUCCUCCGCAGCCACCAGAGCCACAACGCCAACUACAGCAAAGACCAGGAGAAGCUGGGCCAGCUGCACAAAGCCGAGGUGGAUUCUCUGACGGAGCGAGUGGAAGAACUCAAACAGGACAAGAAGAAACUGGUGGACGAGUAUGAGGCCAAACUCGGCAAGGCUCAGGCCUUCUACGAGCGCGAACUGGAGGCCAUGAAGCGAACGCAGCAGCUGACGGCCGACAACCUCCUGGCGUGGAAGCGCACCGAGGCCGAGCUGCGCCGCGAGUUCCAGACGCAGGAGGCGGCGCUGCAGAAGACUCUGGGCAAGCUCCGGACCGAGCUGGCCCGCGUCACCGACGAGGCCCGCGAGCACCGCGAACGCUCGCACAAGCUGCAGGCCUCGCUCGCCGCCUCCGAGAACGCCGUCAAGGAGCUGAGCAAGCAGCUGGACGAGGUGACGCAGAAUUCCGAGAUCGUCGAGAUCCGUCAAAAGGAGGCCGAGUGCGAGCUGGAGGCGGCCCGAGAUCGAGUUCAGCAGCAGGCCACCGAGAUCCUCCUCAAAGCCAGUCAGAUCAGCAGCCUGCAGGCCACCCAGAUGACUCAGGAGGCGGCCGUGCGCGACCUGGACAACGAGCGCAGCCGUCUGAAGGACAAGGUGCUGAGGCUGGAGGAGGAGCGAGAGGCGCUGCACGGCCAGAGCCGAGCGCUGGACGACAGGCACAAGCAGCAGCUGCAGUCCUUGCAGAAGACGCUGCGCGAGGAGAAGGCGUCUCACGAGAAGGACAUGAGCGGCCUGCGCGCUCGCUACGAGGAGGAGAGCGGCCAGACCAAGGAGAACCAGGCCCGGGUUCUGGACGAGGUGGCCAAGAAGCACCGGGCCGCGCUGGAGAACGCGCUCAGCGGGGCGGAGAAGGACAAAAACAGACUGUUGGCUGAGCUGGAGCAGCAGUUUGAGCGAGAGCGCCACACGCUGGAGGAGCAGAGAAGCGUCCUGCUGCAGGAGCUGGAGCAGCUGAGGGAGGAAAUGAACUCCAAGCUCCACGCCGCCGACCAAGAGGUGUGCCGUCUGCAGCAGCAGGCGCAGGAGGGCGAGAAGGACAUGGGCGCGGCCGAGCGGCAGAUGGCCACCAUGAAGCAGGCGCAGGACAAACUGCUGGAGGAGCUCGACGCCACCAGGGGACGGCUGAGGGAGACCAGCAACCUGCUCACCGCCCUGCAGGGAGAGCUGGAGGUCCAAACGCGUCAACAUGAAGCCAAAGUCAUCAGCACGAAAGAGGAAGAGAAGCAUAAGAUGGAUAAGAUGGCUUUGGAGCUGGAACUUAAGUGGACGGAGACCCUCAGGCAGGAAUGCAAGAAGCUCCGCGAGGAGCUGCGAGAGGAGCACGAGGCGGACAAAGCGGCGGCGUUGAGCCAGCUGGCCCGCAACAAGGAGCAGGAGAUGAGCAACGCCCGAGAGAGCUGGCAGAGGAGAGUGGACGACCUGCUGGAACAGAUCUCCUUGCUGAAGCAGAGUCUGGAGAUGCAGCUGUCGCAAUCGCAGUCGUCGCUGCAGCAGCUUCAGCAGCAGUUCAGCCAGGAGCGGGAGCACCUGCGCACGCAGCUGGACGAGCUGCAGACGGAGCACCAGCGCAGACACCAGCGGCUGCACGAGGCGCAGUGUUGCGCCCUGCAGGACAUCGAGCACGCGCGACAACGCGACAUCAAGGAGUUGGAGGAGCGUCUGCGCCAGCACCACCACGCCGAGCUGCAGUCGCUGCGGGAGGCCCACCGGCACAGCGUGGAGACCCUCAAGCAGCAGUCGGAGCAGGAGCUGCAGACGCUGCGCUUCGAGCUGGAGGACGAGGGCAAGGCCAUGCUGGCGUCUCUGCGAUCAGAGCUGAACCACAUCCACGCGUCGGCCAUCGAGCACCUGCGACAAAACCACCAACAGGAAGUGAUGGCCGCCAAAAAGGAACUGGAAAAGACGGUGGAGAAAACCCGCCUCCAGGAGCGCGAGCUGCUGGGCCGCGUGGCCGAGCUGCAGGAGGAGGUGACGCGCAGGAAGAAGCACAUCGCUCAGCUGGACCACCAAAUCCACACGCUCAACGAGAACAUCAGCAGCCUCACCAAGGAGCUGGAGCUCAAAGGCAAGGAGGUGCUCAAGAUACGCAGCGAGGCCAACCAGCAGAUCAGGGCUCACGAGCAGGAGCUGCAGAAGCGUCACGAGCGCGAAGUGUCCGAGCUGAACGCCAUGCACAGCAGAGAGACGCACAACAUGUUGGUGGACUUCAACAAGGCGCAGGAGGUCCUCAAGGACAAGAUCUCUGCCCUGCAAAUUCUGCUGGAAGGCACCGAGGAGAAGUUCAGGAACCGCGAGAGUCGCCCUGAGGAUCUGCAGAUGAUCGCCGAGCUCAAGGACAUGGUUUCCGAGAGGGAAUCUCUCGUCAAGAAGCUGGUGGAUGACAAGAAGUUCUACCAGUUGGAGCUGGUGAACCGCGAGAGCAACUUCAACAAAGUGUUCAACGCCAGCCCCAACGUCGGCGUCAUCAACCCGCUCAUCAAGCAAAAGCGAAAGAAUGAGAAAGCGGCGGCGAGCAGAUUCGGCAGCUCCGCCGGUUUCAGGGUUCUGGAGGCAGCCGGCUCGGGCCCGGCGGGCCCCGGGGGCGGCCCGCAGCAGCAGCAGCCGCCGCCCCAGCUGCCGCCGCCGCCUCCGCCGCCGCCCCCGGCCCAGCCCGGCCGCCUCGAACCCCUUGCCCACCCCCCCCUCCUCCACCACCUCGAGCUGAACGCCAACAAACCUCUUCCCCCGCCGCCGACCCCUCCCACAGAACCCAAGAAGUUCACGAGCCCUCCUGAGACGAAGGACGCCGCCAUCGACCUUCCGGACGCUCAGCGGCAAGAGUGGUUCGCUCAGUACUUUUCCUUUUGAUUGACAACACACACACACAAACACGCACGCACCUGCAGAAACAAAACACCAGAAUUCAGCAGCAUGUCAGCCAAACGUUUAUAAAAAAAAAAAAAAAAAAAGUCUGGAAUUAAAGUACAAAAAAAAAAAAAGAAAAUGUUUGUUUUCUAUAUUGUUUCAAAAAAAAACAAAAAACGACAUUCGGGCUUGGUUCAGUUUAAGAAAUAAAUGAAGAUGUACUAGUACGCUCUUUGUCCUCACUAGUAUGACAGUUCAGCACACUAGUAGAAUGUCUGUCUUACUAGUAACAUUUUCCCACUACUAGUGCCACUUGUGAUGAAAUCUUACUCGUAAACUACUGUGCUGCAUUAGCAACAGAGCGUUCGUAUCUGGAUAUGAACAUCCUUCAUAUCCAGCUGAAAUUGUCUUACUGGUGCGGGGCAAAGCGCGUACUAGCACGCAGACAUCAAGGCAAUCCGAAAAAUGCCCACGACGACUUUCGUAUCUGGAGAUCCACGAUGUGGACUAAACGCUCAUCAUCAUCAUCAUCAUCAUCUGCUUCGUCAUCUUCUAGGUUGGAUGUUUUUUAGUUGGUUUCUCCCACUCAUUCUCAUCGUUGCCAGCGUUUAUUUUUUUUUGGGGGGGGGACUCCCAAGUGAGAAGUAGACAUGCGUGGAGUUUAGAGGUCCUUGUUGCUCUUCUCUGUGCAUUCCCCCCACAACCCCCCCCCCCCCCCAAAAAAAAAAUACUAGUAAUGAAAUGAAAAGAAAAUGCUGCUUCUCUGUUAGACGCAGACCCCAGAUCAGUCAGUCCGUCUUAGGGUGGGCACCAUCCUCGUGAUAGAAGAAGAAGAAACUGAUCUCUUUUGGUAGACUACAAAACUCUUGUUUGUAUGCUUGUCUGUCUCUACACAGAUACAAUGAUGUCUCACCGAUUUUAAGAGCAAAAAUAGCAUUUUAUAUUUAUAUUAUAAUGUGUAUGCUUAAUAAAGGAUUAUUGUGACAUUUA